CUAAUGUUUUUGGCGUUUUCGGUAGUAAUUUAGACCGGGUUCUUGCAGAUCGUAACGCGUAUCGGACCGCUUCUGGCCAAACGCAACCAUGUUCGGCACACAAGCCCUCGCUGCCAAUACGGGCUUUGGCAACCCCACCGCAACCACGACCAGCAACCCGAUGAAGGAUUUCGAAGUGACCUCACCGCCCGAGGACACCGUUUCGGCGAUGGAAUUCAGCCCGGCUACGCUGCAGCAGAAUUUUCUGAUCGCCGGCAGCUGGGAUUGUAGCGUGCGUUGCUGGGAAGUGGAGCAGUCCGGCAAGACGGUUCCCAAGUCGAUCAAAACGAUGGGUGGCCCGGUGCUGGAUGUGUGCUGGGCGGACGAUGCCAGCAAGGUGUUCAUCGCGUCGACCGACAAGCAAGUCAAGUGCUGGGACCUGGCCUCCGAUCAGGUCGUCCAGGUGGCCCAGCACGAUGCUGCGGUGAAGACGUGCCAUUGGGUGAAGGGAACUAGCUACACGUGUCUGAUGACGGGUUCGUGGGACAAAACGCUCAAGUUCUGGGACACCCGGACGCCGCAGCCGAUGAUGUCGAUCCAGCUGCCGGAGCGUUGCUAUUGUGCCGACGUCGACUACCCGAUGGCGGUCGUCGGGACUGCCGGGCGCCACGUGCUGAUCUACUCGCUCGAAAACAAACCGACCCAGUUCAAGCAACAGGAGAGCCCGCUCAAGUACCAGCACCGGACCGUGUCCGUGUUCCGCGACAAAAAGAAGGCUCCCACCGGAUACGCACUCGGUAGUAUCGAGGGGCGCGUUGCCAUCCAGUACGUCAGCCCGCUGAACCCGAAAGACAACUUUACCUUCAAAUGUCACCGCUCGAAUGGUUCGACCGGCUACCAGGACAUUUACGCCGUGAACGACAUCGCUUUCCACCCUCUGCACGGCACGCUGGCAACGGUCGGAUCCGACGGAACGUUCAGCUUCUGGGAUAAGGACGCCCGCACGAAGCUGAAAUCUUCAGAAACCAUCGACCAGUCGAUCACCAAGUGUUGCUUCAACAGCAACGGCCAGAUCUUUGCGUACGCCGUCGGAUACGACUGGUCGAAGGGCCACGAGUACUACAAUCCGCAAAAGAAAACGUACAUUUUCCUUCGCUCGUGCUUCGAAGAACUAAAGCCCCGCGUUUCCAGCUAAGCGCAGCGCCGCGGAAAUUCAAAUGCCCCGGUUGGCGGUCUGCUACAGAGCGAACAGGUUUAUUAUUUGAGGCGAUCUUGAUCGGCAAUAAAAUCUAAUGCAUGAUUAGCAACAACCACACGACUCGCGCGGCCCUUCCUUCCAUGUGGUCCUACGUUAGUGGUGGCUCUUUUCAUCACCAU